AUGAUCGAUGCAGAGGCGGUGCGGUACGACCGCCAGAUUCGGCUCUGGGGCAAAGCGACCCAGCAGCAGAUAAUGCACACAAGCGUCGCAUUGCACGGCAUUGCUGGGGCCGCGGCGGAGGUCACGAAAAAUUUGGUCCUGGCAGGGGUGCGAGCGGUGGCAGUCGCUGAUGAAGGCCAUGUCACGGAUGUUGACGUAUGCACCAACUACUUGAUGCAGGGCGAGGGGGGCGGCACGCGCGGCGCCCGCGCCCUUAGUGCAUUGCAGCGUCUGAACCCGUAUGUGACGGUGUACGACGCAGUCACCAAGCUCGAUGGCUCUUCGGGCCCACGGGUGACGAUGGCUACCGUCGCCUCGGUAGAGGACGCCGUACCGCAUGCGCACGCCGCUGUGCCGGGUGCUGACAUCGUGGCAUUGCAUGUCACGUGCGGCCCCACUGUUCUGGCGCUCUUCCUCUAUCGGCGGCUGCCAGCGCGCUCGUUGGCGGAGCAGUGGCGCUGCCUUGUGGCGGAACCGAGUCUCUUGGCAGAGAAGCCGCGCGGCUACCAGAGAGUCGUCUUGGCACUGCACGUUCGGACAGACGCCGUGUCGCUUGGGUUCGCCGCUGCCGCCGCGAAGGCGUACGAGGUGGUGGAGCGCUUGCACCUCCAGCAGCUGACUGCCGCCGAUGUGCAGGAAGUAUUGCAGAGCUGCGCGCACGACGCGGGCUCAGGAGACUGCGUUAGCGACACGAUUGCUGGCGCGUGCAUCGCCCAGCACCUGAUCCGCCAAAUCAGUGCUCUCGACCAACCGCCGGACGCGCAGUCGUAUCACUGGAUGCUCUGCGAGUGUGGCGCGGAGGUGGAAUGCCUUGUUGGCUUGUAG